AUGCUGCCACCAGCCGCCAACUCACCCUACCUGCGCAACACGAGCAACAGCAGCGCCAACAGCAAUCAUAGCAAUCACAGCAACAGCAACAGUCCAGCGCUGCAGAAGCCCACCUGCAGCGGCAUGCGCAACGCGUACAACAACAACAACAACAGUGGUGUUGUUGGUGGUGGCGCUGUCAGCCCACAUCCGGUGGCACGUCACGGCAAAUAUGCCAGUUACUUGCAACAACAACAGCAACAACGUGCACUUUUACAGCAGCAACAACUACAACAACAGCAACAGCAGCAGCAACAAGAAAACUACUUGAAUGCCGUUAAUUGCAGCCUCUAUGGUGCAGGCAGCACUGGCGGCGCUCAUGCCACACAGCCAACGCAGCAUGCUUAUAGUCACGUGACUGCCGGUGCGGCAGUGAGCGCCAACGCUGCAUCAACAAGCCACCUGCAACAUCACGCGCUUCCGCAUACAAACCUAAGCAUAAGUGGCAUGAGUCACGCACACAGUGCGGGCAAUGCAAUCAUCUCGAAAUGA